AUGCUUAUCUCUUUCUAUCUAUAUUCCACUGUAUAUCUAUCUAUCUAUCUAUCUAUCUAUCUAUCUAUCUAUCUAUCUAUCUCACUCUAUUCCUAUCUAUCUAUAUGUAUGCAUCUAUCUCUAUCUAUCCAUCUAUCUAUCUAUCUAUCUAUCUAUCUAUCUAUCUAUCUAUCUCACUCUAUUCCUAUCUAUCUAUCUAUAUGCAUUUAUCUCACUAUAUUCAUAUCUAUCUAUCUAUCGCAAUCUAUACAUAUCUAUCUAUCUAUCUAUCUAUCUAUCUAUCUAUCUAUCUAUCUAUCUCACUCUAUUCCUAUCUAUCUAUCUAUCUAUCUAUCUAUCUAUCUAUCUCACUCUAUUCUUAUCUAUCUAUCUAUCUAUCUAUCUAUCUAUCUAUCUAUCUAUCUAUCUAUCUAUCUAUCUAUUACAUCUCUUGGUGGUUAUUAUGCCAAUUUGCUUAUAUUCCCAGCAAUGUCAUACGAUUUUUGCAGUCCGAAUAAAAUUGUUGUUACCAUAUUAUUUUCCUAUUUAUUGGACGUUGCGAAUAUGUUGUAUCUGUCCGUGACUAACAUUUUGUGGUUCAAGUCAAAAUUUACAUGA